UAGGCCCAGUACAACUAGACCUCAUCCAGACCUUAUUUGAUUGCAUGUGGCCCAUUUUUCACCCUAAAUAUUAAGGAUUCUUUUUUAUUGCAGACACUCAGACCAAAUUACAAUUUUGUUUGGGUGACAAGGAGAGAAUCCUUUGCUGAUUGAGUGCAAUGCAGCACUCUAUCAAAGUGGGCGUUGAGAGAAUCUGCAAGGAUAUCAAUCGCCAUCCCAAAAUUGAUAGAUAUCUUCAUACUCUGGCAACCAGAUUGGCGCAUGAACAACAUACCCACCGUUCUUUUGUAUUUCAGUGGCACAGAAUAUGAGAGUAGUAUUGCUCAGAUAUGCUCUCCCUCCCUCCCUCCCUCCCUCCCCUUUUGCACAGGGCAUACCAACCUACCUUUCCUCUGCUAUAUAAAGGACCCCUAUCUGAAGGGCUGGAAAUCUCAUCAGUCUUUCUAUCUUGCAACCCUAACCCAUUCCCUCUUUCUCAGCUUAAGAAUUAGAUGGAGUACUCCAACUUGCGACGUCAGGCUGCUUAUAUGAAGAAGAGUCUCUUUGAUCAGGGAUACUUGGAUGAACAAUUUUAUCAGCUGGAAGAGUUGCAGGAUGAUGUUAGCCCUAAUUUCGUGGAAGAAGUUGUAACCUUGUUCUUCAGGGACUCAGCCAGACUGAUCAGCAACAUUGAGCAGGCUCUGGAUAAAUGCCCCCAAGAAUUCAGCAAGUUGAAUGCAUUUGUGCAUCAGUUAAAGGGUAGUACUUCCAGCAUUGGUGCUUCCAGGCUGAAGAACGAGUGCACACGGUUCAGAGAUUAUUGCGAUGAAGAAAAUCUUGAAGGAUGCCUGAAAUCAUUUCAAAAGUUGAAGAGGGAGCAUGCUGUUCUGAGGCAGAAGUUGGAGUCAUAUUUCCAGUUGUUAAGGCAAGUCGGUCCUGUGGAAAAAGCCACUCGCCCCAGCAUGUGAGAUGACAUAUUGCUACCGUAUGCAAGAGUUCAGCGAGGUCUUAAGCGCUUAAAGAAGUCUAUUUAGAGAGUGAUAUAAUCUAUGUCGUUAUACCUUGAACUAGAAAUAUCAAGAGUUGGCAAACUUGUAUUAGAUGAAAUUGCGAUUGAUUUGCAAGUUGACCCAGCAUAUGAUUUCCUAUGUCUAAUUAAUUCCAUUGCAUCCAUAAAGUUUGAAGACCCUCUUUGUUCUUGCAAUA